AUCUUUACUGGAGGCGCCUCCUUCAGCGGCUGCAGAUGGCAUCCGGCUGCGGGCUCGGGGCUCGCAACUGACUCUCCCGCUUGCCCACCUCGGGUCCACGGGCGCACCUCGCCCUUCCCCUCCUCCCCUCGUGCUCCUGGGUCUGAGCCCAGCUCUCGAACGCCGGGCGGAGGAAGCAGUAGCGGCGGCCGAGGCUGAGCAGCAGCGCGCUCGCUCCCUGAUUUGGGGAGAAGCGGCCAUCCGGGAGAACCGAACCCCUAGCUGCCUCCAGCGCCCCCCACCUUUUGCACCCCAAGCCAGGGGCUCCAGGGACCCCCCUCCCCAGGCGCCACCAUGCUGGACCCUUCAUCCAGCGAAGAGGAAUCGGAUGAGAUCGUGGAGGAGGAGAGCGGCAAGGAGGUGCUCGGCUCGGCCGCGUCCGGCGCGCGCCUGUCUCCCAGCCGCACCAGCGAGGGCUCGGGCGGCGGCGCCGGGCUGGGGGGCGGCGGCGGUGCCGGCGCCGGGGCCGGGGUGGGCGCCGGCGGCGGCGGGGGCAGUGGCGCGAGCAGCGGCGGCGGGGCCGGGGGGUUGCAGCCCAGCAGCCGCGCCGGUGGCGGCCGGCCCUCCAGCCCCAGCCCGUCGGUGGUGAGCGAGAAGGAGAAGGAGGAGUUGGAGCGGCUGCAGAAGGAGGAAGAGGAGAGGAAGAAGAGGCUGCAGCUCUAUGUGUUCGUGAUGCGCUGCAUCGCCUACCCCUUCAACGCCAAGCAGCCCACCGACAUGGCUCGCCGGCAGCAGAAGAUCAGCAAACAGCAGCUGCAGACAGUCAAGGACCGGUUUCAGGCUUUUCUCAAUGGGGAAACCCAAAUCGUGGCUGACGAAGCCUUUAUGAACGCUGUCCAGAGUUACUACGAGGUGUUCCUGAAGAGCGACCGCGUGGCCCGCAUGGUGCAGAGCGGGGGCUGCUCGGCCAACGACUCGCGAGAGGUCUUCAAGAAGCACAUCGAGAAGCGCGUGCGCAGCCUGCCCGAGAUCGACGGCCUCAGCAAGGAGACGGUGCUGAGCUCCUGGAUGGCCAAGUUUGAUGCCAUUUACCGCGGGGAGGAGGACCCCAGGAAGCAGCAGGCCCGGAUGACGGCCAGCGCCGCCUCCGAGCUGAUUCUGAGCAAAGAGCAACUCUACGAGAUGUUCCAGAACAUUCUGGGGAUCAAGAAGUUCGAACAUCAGCUCCUGUACAAUGCCUGCCAGCUGGACAAUCCAGAUGAGCAAGCUGCCCAGAUCAGACGAGAGCUGGAUGGACGCCUCCAGAUGGCAGACCAGAUAGCCAGGGAACGCAAAUUUCCCAAGUUUGUAUCCAAAGAAAUGGAAAACAUGUACAUUGAGGAGCUGAAGUCAUCCGUCAACCUGCUCAUGGCUAAUUUAGAGAGCAUGCCGGUGUCCAAAGGCGGCGAGUUCAAGCUUCAGAAACUCAAACGCAGCCACAACGCUUCCAUCAUCGACAUGGGCGAGGAGAGUGAGAACCAGCUCUCCAAGUCAGACGUCGUGCUGUCUUUCUCCUUGGAGGUAGUGAUCAUGGAAGUCCAAGGCCUCAAAUCCUUAGCUCCAAAUCGCAUUGUGUAUUGCACGAUGGAGGUGGAAGGAGGAGAGAAACUACAGACCGACCAGGCCGAGGCUUCGAAACCAACCUGGGGUACCCAGGGUGACUUCUCUACGACCCACGCACUACCCGCUGUGAAGGUAAAGCUGUUCACAGAGAGCACAGGAGUAUUGGCCUUGGAAGACAAGGAGCUGGGACGGGUUAUUCUCCAUCCCACCCCCAACAGCCCCAAACAGUCAGAGUGGCACAAAAUGACAGUCUCCAAAAACUGCCCCGAUCAAGACCUCAAAAUCAAACUUGCUGUCCGAAUGGAUAAGCCUCAAAACAUGAAGCAUUCUGGGUAUUUAUGGGCCAUCGGUAAGAAUGUCUGGAAGAGAUGGAAGAAGAGAUUUUUUGUCUUGGUGCAGGUGAGUCAGUACACAUUUGCCAUGUGCAGUUACCGGGAGAAGAAAGCGGAGCCUCAGGAACUUCUCCAACUGGAUGGCUAUACUGUGGACUACACGGACCCUCAGCCAGGUUUGGAGGGUGGCCGAGCCUUCUUCAAUGCUGUCAAAGAAGGAGACACCGUGAUAUUUGCGAGUGGUGAUGAGCAGGACCGCAUCCUCUGGGUCCAAGCCAUGUACCGGGCCACUGGGCAGUCACACAAGCCUGUGCCCCCAACCCAGGUCCAGAAGCUCAACGCCAAGGGAGGAAGCGUGCCUCAGCUGGACGCCCCCAUCUCCCAAUUUUACGCAGAUAGAGCUCAAAAACAUGGCAUGGAUGAAUUUAUCUCUUCCAACCCCUGUAACUUUGACCACGCUUCCCUCUUUGAGAUGGUGCAACGUCUUACUUUGGAUCACAGACUUAAUGAUUCCUAUUCUUGCCUGGGCUGGUUCAGUCCUGGCCAGGUGUUUGUGCUAGACGAGUAUUGCGCCCGAAAUGGAGUCCGAGGGUGUCACCGACAUCUCUGCUACCUCAGAGACUUGCUUGAAAGGGCAGAAAAUGGCGCCAUGAUUGACCCCACCCUCCUUCACUACAGCUUUGCCUUCUGCGCAUCCCAUGUCCACGGGAACAGGCCUGAUGGAAUUGGAACUGUGACUGUUGAAGAAAAGGAACGUUUUGAAGAAAUCAAAGAGAGACUCCGAGUUUUGUUGGAAAAUCAGAUUACACAUUUUAGGUAUUGCUUUCCAUUUGGCCGACCUGAAGGUGCUUUGAAAGCUACCCUCUCACUCUUGGAAAGGGUCUUGAUGAAAGAUAUUGUAACCCCAGUGCCACAAGAGGAGGUAAAAACAGUCAUCCGUAAAUGUCUAGAGCAGGCUGCUUUAGUCAACUAUUCUCGGCUAUCAGAGUAUGCCAAAAUCGAAGAGAAUCAAAAGGACGCAGAAAAUGUAGGCCGGUUAAUCACUCCUGCCAAAAAGCUGGAAGACACAAUACGUCUUGCUGAACUAGUCAUUGAAGUCCUUCAACAGAACGAGGAACACCAUGCAGAGCCACAUGUUGAUAAAGGAGAAGCCUUUGCAUGGUGGUCAGACUUGAUGGUGGAACACGCCGAGACCUUCCUGUCACUCUUUGCAGUGGACAUGGAUGCAGCAUUGGAGGUGCAGCCCCCAGACACGUGGGACAGUUUUCCACUGUUUCAGCUGCUGAAUGAUUUUCUCCGGACAGAUUCUAAUUUGUGCAAUGGAAAAUUUCACAAACACCUGCAAGACCUGUUUGCCCCACUUGUGGUUAGAUAUGUGGAUUUGAUGGAGUCCUCAAUUGCACAAUCCAUUCACAGGGGCUUUGAGCGGGAGUCAUGGGAACCAGUCAAUAACGGAUCAGGCACUUCGGAAGAUCUGUUCUGGAAACUCGAUGCCCUUCAGACCUUCAUUCGGGACUUGCACUGGCCCGAAGAAGAGUUUGGAAAGCACCUGGAACAACGGCUGAAGCUGAUGGCAAGUGACAUGAUUGAAUCUUGUGUGAAAAGAACCAGGAUUGCAUUUGAAGUUAAGCUGCAAAAAACCAGUCGAUCAACAGAUUUUCGAGUCCCACAGUCAAUAUGCACCAUGUUUAAUGUUAUGGUUGAUGCCAAAGCUCAAUCAACAAAACUUUGCAGCAUGGAAAUGGGCCAAGAGCAUCAGUACCAUUCAAAAAUAGACGAACUAAUUGAAGAAACUGUUAAAGAAAUGAUAACACUCUUGGUUGCAAAGUUCGUUACAAUCCUGGAAGGAGUGCUGGCAAAAUUAUCCAGAUAUGACGAGGGGACUUUGUUUUCUUCUUUUUUGUCGUUUACCGUGAAGGCAGCUUCCAAAUAUGUGGAUGUACCUAAACCCGGGAUGGAUGUGGCCGAUGCCUACGUGACUUUCGUCCGCCACUCUCAGGAUGUCCUUCGUGAUAAGGUCAAUGAGGAGAUGUAUAUAGAAAGGUUAUUUGAUCAAUGGUACAACAGCUCCAUGAACGUGAUCUGUACCUGGCUGACGGACCGGAUGGACUUACAGCUUCACAUUUAUCAGUUGAAAACACUAAUUAGGAUGGUAAAGAAAACCUAUAGAGAUUUCCGAUUGCAAGGAGUCCUGGACUCAACCUUAAACAGCAAGACCUACGAAACCAUCCGGAACCGUCUCACUGUGGAGGAGGCCACAGCAUCCGUGAGCGAGGGCGGGGGUCUGCAGGGGAUCAGCAUGAAGGACAGCGACGAGGAGGACGAAGAGGACGAUUAGAACGCUCCGGCCCAGAGGCCACUAGGACAGAGUCUUGUAAUCAAUGCAUGUCCUUAGUCUGUUAGUUAACCCCAUUAGGGAAUUUUCUGUCAACUACCAUGCCCAUGAGAUGUGUACCGAUACAAUUGCCAUUUUAGCUACGUGGUACCAAGAUUAGCAAACGACCUUCGACUCCACAGUUUCCUGAAUCUGUGUCUGUAUGUUUACAAGCAAUAUGGAGCACCAUUCUUUAAAUACCAUUUAUGGAGAAUACAUAGCUCAAUUGCUAGGUGUAUCCCUGUUAUCCGCAGAGUUCAGUGAUGCUUCAUUAAUGUGCUGUGUGUGCGUCGACGGUAAAUGGAUGUGAGGGCGAGUACGCCAAGUGCUUUGUUUCCUGUAUGUGGAUGCCAGUUACUUAAAGGAGUACAAUAAAUGAAUUUAACUAAGACACCUAGAUCUGCUUUGAUUUUUGAAAAACAAAAGGCAAGUCUCCAAUAACCAACUUUUGGUUCUUUCUGUUCCCCUAAAACUGAAAAAUGAACCCUCAGUGUCCUUGUUAACCCAUCCUUUCAUUUAUCCAGAUAGCUACCCAAAAAAGGAUGACUGUAUACCAAUGGAUUGAUCCUCCUAAUUGCCACGGCAAGGGCGAUCCUGUCCUAACAUCCAGCACAGUUCAGAGCGACUGUCUUCUAUCAAAGUUCAUCCUAUUAAAUGUUAUGUUUUGCUUUUAUGUUUCGAUAACCGUGUAUGUAAAAAAAAAAAAAAAAAGACCUGAAUAUUUAAAUUAUGACCCUAGACUAUAAAUGUGUUUAUAAUAAGAUAUGGAUAUUUCCUUCCGUAGAUUGUAACCAUAAUUUAAAAUAUUUUGUUCCACACUGUUUUUUAUAUCUGUCAUGUACAUUGCAUUUUGAUCUGUAACUGCAAGACCCUGGGGUCCUCUGCAGAGCUCUUUCUUUCUGUGUAAAGUAGUAGAUCCAUCUUGCUUUUGCCUUAUCUAAAGCCUACAGUUAUGAAAGUGUGGAAAACUGUGGCUUCUCAAUAAAUAACUAUUCAAAUGUCCCAA